UGUCAGUCCACUGGUGUCCACUAGCUGUGCAGAUCCCUCCCCUCCCCUGCCUCUCCUCUCCCUGUCUGCUUCCAGCUGCUGCAGUCGGCCUGCCUGAUCUGUCUGCCUCGGAGCCUGCUGGGAGUUACAGGAGGGGGGGAAACAGAGAGAAACCGUCGAGGGAGAGCGACCGAAGGGGGGUGGGAAAGAAAGCGUGUUGCGGGUCACAAACUGGAAAUCGCUACCCCCAAAAGGCGCACACACUCAAGUCGACUUUCGGAGCGCUUGUUGGCACUACUUGGGUGAAAAACGCACCACGGAGACCCUGAAACUUGUUUUUCUUCUUCUGUGGUAGCAGCAGCGGUGCUGUUGCGCGCCGUGCCGACUCCGAUAGUUGAGGUGGGAUUCAUUGGUUGGAGCUGGAUUGCGCAUUGGCCCUGGUGUGUAUCCAGCGCUUUACCACCCGGAGGGAAGAGGAACAAUGAAGUGCUGAGCGUUUCUCCUUCUUGCUCCCAAGUCUUGUUGCAGAGUUAAAUCCUCUCUGAGACUCAUUUUGCUCUGUCUCGCUCCCACUUCUUCUUCUUCUUCCUCUGGCGUUCAUUUUCCCGUCCUGUGUGGGAUGCGUCGGCUGCUGUAGGCUUGUUGACAAACAUUUUCUUUUACCAAGAAGUUUUUACAACAAGCUUCGGGCGCAGGAAGACAGAAAAUGUCCACGCCGAGGUUCAAAAAGGAUAAAGAAAUCAUCGCGGAGUACGAGAGUCAAGUCAAAGAGAUCAGAGCCCAGUUGGUGGAGCAGCAGAAAUGUCUGGACCAGCAGACGGAAAUGCGGGUCCAGCUGCUGCAGGACCUGCAGGAUUUCUUCAGGAAGAAGGCAGAGAUUGAAAUGGAAUACUCCCGAAACCUGGAGAAACUGGCCGAGCGCUUCAUGGCAAAGACUCGCAGCACCAAGGAUCACCAGCAGUACAAGAAAGACCAGAAUCUGCUGUCACCGGUCAACUGCUGGUACCUGCUGCUGAACCAGGUGAGGAGGGAGAGUAAGGACCAUGCGACACUGAGUGACAUCUACCUCAACAACGUCAUCAUGAGGUUCAUGCAGAUCAGCGAGGACUCAACGCGGCUACUCAAGAAGAGCAAGGAAAUAGCCUUUCAGCUCCAGGAAGACUUAAUGAAAGUCCUAAAUGAGCUAUACACAGUCAUGAAAACCUACCAUAUGUACCACUCAGAGAGCAUCAGCGCUGAGAGCAAGCUGAAGGAGGCCGAGAAGCAGGAGGAGAAGCAGAUCGGCAGGGGCGAUCCCGUCUUCAGUAUCCGAAUGGAGGACAAAUACCAGCGGCGCAGCUCUGUGAAGAAGAUCGAGAAGAUGAAAGAGAAGCGUCAAGCCAAGUACUCGGAGAACAAGCUGAAGUCGAUCAAAGCGCGGAACGAGUACCUGCUGACACUGGAGGCGACAAACUCGUCCGUUUUCAAAUACUACAUCCACGACCUGUCGGACCUGAUUGAUUGCUGUGACUUGGGCUACCAUGCCAGUCUGAAUCGGGCCCUGCGGACCUACCUGUCAGCAGAAUACAACCUGGAGACGUCACGCCACGAGGGUCUGGACAUCAUCGAAAAUGCUGUGGACAGUCUGGACCCACGGAGUGACCGACAGAGGUUCAUGGAGAUGUACCCCACGGCUUUCUGCCCACCGGCAAAAUUCGAGUUCCAGCCUCACAUGGGCGACGAAGUGUGUCAUGUGUCGGUGCAGCCGCCAGUGAACGGGGAGCUCAUCCUGAGGUUCCAGCAGCUGCAGUCUCGCCUGGCUACUCUGAAGAUCGAAAACGAGGAGAUCAAAAAGACAUCAGAGGCCACCCUGACCACCAUCCAGGACAUGGUGACCAUCGAGGACUACGACGUGUCCGAGUGCUUCCACCACAGCCGCUCCACAGAGUCGGUUAAGUCCACUGUGUCGGAGACGUACCUCAGCAAACCCAGCAUUGCCAAGAGGAGGGCCAACCAGCAAGAGACGGAGCAGUUCUACUUCAUGAAAUUCCGUGAGUUUCUGGAGGGAAGUAAUCUCAUCUCCAAACUGCAGGCCAAACACGACUUGCUGAAGAGGACGCUUGGUGAAGGCCACAGAGCUGACUACAUGACCACAAGACAUCCCAAUGGGCCGCUCAGAAGCCACACUGGCACCCGGCGGGCUAGACCCCGCUCUGUUUUUAAUGUUAGGUUAUUUAAUGGCAAUUUGGAGUCAUUUAUCAAGGACUCUGGACAAGCUAUCCCCCGCGUGGUUGAAAGCUGUAUUCGCUACAUAAAUUUGUAUGGUCUCCAACAUCAAGGAAUAUUUCGUGUAUCUGGAUCCCAGCUGGAAGUCAAUGAUAUCAAGAACUCAUUUGAGAGAGGGAACGACCCGCUGACAGAUGAUGAGAAUAAUCAUGACAUCAACUCAGUGGCUGGUGUUCUCAAGCUGUACUUCCGGGGUCUGGAGAAUCCUCUGUUCCCUAAAGAGAGGUUCAACGAUCUGCUCUCAUGCAUCAGAAUAGAAAACCUGUAUGAGAGAGCGCUGUACAUCCGGAAGAUCCUCCUGACCAUUCCCAGAUCAGUCCUCAUCGUGAUGCGCUACCUCUUUGCCUUCCUCAACCAUCUGUCCCAGUACAGUGAUGAGAACAUGAUGGACCCGUACAACCUGGCCAUAUGUUUCGGCCCCACGCUGAUGCCCACACCAGACAGCCAGGACCAGGUUUCCUGCCAGGCGCACGUCAACGAGAUCAUCAAGACCAUCAUCAUCCACCAUGAGACCAUCUUUCCUGAUGCCAAAGAGCUGGAUGGGCCCAUCUAUGAGAAGUGCAUGGCAGGUGGAGACUACUGUGAGAGCCCCUACAGUGAGCAUGGAGCCCUGGAGGAGGUGGACAAUGAGGGAGGGACUGAGACCCACACCAGCGAGGACGAGGGUGAACCUAUCGAAGCCAUUGCCAAGUUUGACUACGUUGGGCGCUCGUCUCGAGAGUUGUCCUUCAAAAAGGGCGCCUCCCUGCUGCUGUAUCAGCGAGCGUCUGAGGACUGGUGGGAGGGACGGCACAACGGCAUCGACGGCCUGGUGCCACAUCAGUACAUCGUAGUCCAAGACAUAGAUGACAACUUCUCAGACACUCUGAGUCAGAAGGCUGACAGCGAGGCCAGCAGCGGCCACGCUGGAGAUGAUAAAUGCUCAGGGAAAGACAUCGGCUCGCCCACCGACACCAGGAUCUCUGAGGCCUACAUCACCAGCAGGCACAGAAAAAGAACAGACCCACCGUCUCGGCGGCCCCCUGCCCGCCCCAGCGACGUCCACUGCAUGGUCCACACCUCCCAGCAGGGUCACAGCGGACAUGGUGGGACCCCAGAGAUGGGCUCCCCAGUUCUAGGCCACUUCAGCCCCCGGGACAUGCUGAGAAGCCGCAACCACUUACCGAUGGACAGCCCUGAGCGACGGCGCCGCACGGGCCACGGCAGUCUCACUAACAUCAGCCGCCACGAGUCCCUAAAGAAGCUGGAAAGCCCCCCGAUCCGCCGCUCCACCUCCUCGGGCCAGUACACGGGCUUUACCGACGGCCAUCACCACCACGGCGGCAAGCCCCUGGACCCGGAGACCAUCGCACAGGACAUAGAAGAAACUAUGAACACUGCUCUGAAUGAGCUGCGCGAGCUGGAGAGGCAGAGCUCAGCCAAGCACGCCCCCGAUGUGGUGCUGGACACCCUGGAGCAGCGGCAGACCUCCGGCGGCGGCGGCGGCGGCGGCCCAACGCCGGCCAGCUCCAGCGAGUCCCUCAGCCCCAUCCACGGCGUCAUGCUGAGGUCCACUGCCAACACUGAGCCACCCAUCCGCCGCAGCACCAGCUCCUCCAGCGACACCAUGAGCACCUUCAAGCCGGCGGUAGCACCACGCAUGGGGGUGCAGCUCAAACCUCCCGCUUUGAGGCCCAAGCCCAUGGUGGUGCCCAAGUCCAGCCAGGCCCCACAGCCUCCUGUUGCGUCCCCUCAGGACCCUCUGGACAAGUCCUGCACCAUGUAACCUCUGGGACAGGAAUCGGAGAUGUAACGCAAAAGCUCUCCACUUCCAGGAGGCUGUGAAAUAUUACUGGUGUCUUCACUUCACAGACAUACUAGAAAUAACACCUGAGAGCGUGUAAAAUACUAGGACCUGGAUGGGAACAGACUUUUUUGGGGUGUUUUGAGGCUGAAAACAAGAGGACUGUGAGAGACCGGGGUAGGAGUUACAGAGUGUGGACAGAUUUGUCAGCCAGACAAAUCUUCUGUCUCAAUAACAUAAAUGUGCAGAUUUGUGUGUUAAUAUGCUUAGGUUAAUGUUAUCUAAUGUAUAUCUUUUUUUAAAAUAAAUUCAAACAACAAAUCACAAAGGCUUCCUUCAAAGUUUUAGAAAAAUGUUAGUUUAGUUUACAGACAUUAACGAACUGUGUAACUCUGAACAAAAUACGGUGCAUGCAGCUCUUGUGUUUACCACUGAACCUGACAUGGAUGGAAAACGUAGUGACCACAGUGGCAACAACUAGUUCUUCUUGUUUUGUUUUAUUACUCAUGAGGGCCGUUGGAGGCGUUGGUUCAAUGGCCUUACACAUUUUGAGAUGUAACUGAUUUGAUUUCAAAUGUUCAAAUAUUACAAAGGUGCUGUGACUACCUGGGAGGAAAUGGUUUUAAGGUUUAAAGAUCCCUUAACAACUUAUUUAUUAACGGUACUCUGUUAAUAAAUUAACAGUACUGACUCCAGUAUGCUUUUUUUCUUUCUUGCUAGCAUGUAAACUGCAGCUCUCUUUGGCAAACCAUUAGCUGUGUCUCAGAAAUCCUUCAUCAGAUUUGUUUGAACAGUUUGCCUGGGAUGAAAUAUGACAAUUGGAUAAAACCACUACUUCAUUAUAUACUUUGUUUGAACACUUCAAUGCAUUCUUGGGUCCCUGCAGCCGCGCAGGGGGUAAAAUAUGCCUAAUAUGUAUGUUUGCCUUUGCAUCUGUAUAACCUAUAGGGAGAAGUGUGAAAAACUCUGGUGACAAACGUGUGUUAUUAUAAAGUGUGGACCACAUGCCAUAGCUUCUUUUAUGCCUUGCUUGGCUUUAUCUACCCAAAGACAUGAGUGUAUAAGUUAAAGCAUGGGUGUUGAUACUUCAUAUUGACUGAUGUGUAUAGAUUCAAGGCGGCCCCCUGUGGGAGCGCUGCCAGUAGCCAUGGACCUAAUGACUGUUAGUGUAAAAGCCUCCUAAUAUGUUCACCUUGCUUCCUGUGCUUUUCUUUGUGAAGGUCUCUGACAGCAGCAGCAGCUUGAGCCCCUCUAGUGUGUUUAAUGUUCUGGUGAGAAUGUCAAAAACGUUUCUUUUUUUUUUGGUGUUGCUCUCAAGACUGACAUUGAGGCUGUCUUUGUGGAUUUGCGUGGAUGAUGACGCUUGCAUGACGUGUGGUAGACAAAUGGGAGGAAGCAGCCCGUGUCAGUCAGCUCCUAAGUAAUAAUUUCAAAAUGCAAUAGCCUCAUGAAACUGUCUGUGCCCUAGUUCCAGUUUCUUUGCGACUGCAUCCCCAUGUGUGUCUUUUUUUAACCUCUUUACUGUAGAAAUAACAGAGCUGGAUGCAUGUGUUUAGAAUGUUUGGCUAGAAUAAUUACUCAUAGAACAGACGUGGUUUGCAAUGAAUAAGCAAUGCUCUCUAACAGCAGGUUUACAUUAUCUUUGACUUGACAGAUAUUGUGUGUAUAAUAAUCAAAGGUAAUUCAUUUCUAAAUUACUAACUUUCAUUAUUUUUAUAAUCAUUUUUGUUAUGUUUGUUGUUUCUGGGUAGAAAUCACUUAGAACAUAUGAUGUAGAAUAAAUAUCCAGAGAUACAGGUGUCCCGCCUACAGUAUGAAGCCAGUUGUUAAAAAAAAUAAAAGUGUGCUUUCGUCACUAUGUAACAUCAUCAACUACAGUAGGACUCAGUUAUGCCGUGUAUAGGCUUUAAGCUACUCUGUGGUGUUCUGUACAUCUGUAGUAUGUACUUGUGAAAGUGCCUUUGAAAAUGUUUUAGAGGAACUUCAAACAUUUCUGUCCUGUCGCAUUUUCAUUUUAGAUGCUGUGUUUUUUUGAGAAAAUGCAGUGCAGGAAGAAGACAUGUAUUAGAAAUGAUGCCAUUUUCCAAACAGAUAUAUGGCAGGAUUAAUAAUAAAUAAACGGCUUACUCAUUGUGACAUUGCACUUUUAUGUACAUAACUGUAUAUAUGGCAUGUAACAUCAUAACGUUUAGAGUUCUUUCCUUCAAGGAUUUCUUUCUAAUAAAGGAGAUAGUUUGUCGA